GGCGCGCCCCUGCAGCCGGCGGGGCGGGCAGCACGUGGAGCGGCAGCAUGGCGGCGGCGGGCAGCUGUAGGGCCAAAGCCCCACGCGGGGCGGCGGGACGGCGGCGGCCGCGGGCGGCGGUCCUGGGCGCCGAGAGGAGGUCGCGGGCGGCGGCCGUCCGGCCCGUGGACGAGGAGGUGUCCAGCGACUCCGAGCCGGAGAGCCCGUCGUUGGGACGGCGGCGGCGGCGGGAGGCGGCGGUAGAGGAGGAGGUGGAGGAGACGCCGCAGGAGAAGAAGCUGCGCCUGGCCAAGCUGUACCUGGAGGAGCUCCGCCAGCACGAGGAGGAGCAGGCGGCGGCAGAGGAGGAGGAGGAGGAGACGCAUCCGGCGGAUCUCAUCGGCGACCGGCUGAAGGAGGACGUGCUGGAGCAGAAGGGUCGGCUGCAGCGCCUGGUCGCCAAAGACGUGCAGCCUCCAGAUCCAGCCAGCAUUCGAGUGCUGCGGGGGCACCAGCUGCCCGUCACCUGCCUGGUCAUCUCUCCAGAUGACAGGUUCAUCUUUUCGGCCUCCAAGGACGGCUCCCUCAUCAAAUGGGAGGUGGAGAGCGGGAAGAGGCUGUGCGUGGUGCCUGGGGGGAAGAAGGGCACCGAGGAGCGGCACAUGGGGCACGCAUCCCAUGUCCUCUGCAUGGCCAUCUCAUCGGAUGGCAAGUACCUGGCUACGGGAGACAGGAACAAGCUGAUCAUGGUCUGGGACACCGCCACCUGCAAGCGCCUGCACAUCUUCACUGGGCACCGCGAUGCCGUCUCGGGCCUGUCCUUCCGGAAGGGCACGCACCAGCUGUACAGUGCCUCCCAUGACCGCUGCGUCAAGGUCUGGAACGUGGCGGAGAACGCAUACAUGGAGACCCUGUUCGGGCACCAGGAUAUCAUCACAGGGCUGGACAGCCUGAGCCGGGAGUGCUGUGUGACGGCGGGGGGACGGGACGGCACCGUGCGGCUCUGGAAGAUCCCGGAGGAGUCACAGCUCGUGUUUUAUGGGCACCAGGGCUCCAUUGAUUGUAUCCAGCUCAUCAACGAGGAGCACAUGGUGUCGGGUGCCGAUGACGGGUCUGUAGCCCUGUGGGGGCUGGCGAAGAAGAAGCCGCUGGCGCUGGCCCGGCAGGCGCACGGCAUGCAGGACGCCCAGGGCCUGCAGCAGCCGUACUGGAUCUCGGCGGUGGCUGCCCUGCGCAACAGUGACCUCCUGGCUACAGGUGUGGGGCAGCUGCUUUGGAGCAAGGGUUUGGGGGUGCAGGGGGUCUGUCCUGCCCCUGCCCCUGCCCCUGCCCCUGCCCCAGGUUGGGGUGCAUGGCAGUCUCCUCUCUCUACCCUAGGCUCCCACAGUGCUAGCGUGAAGCUCUGGAAGUGCAGUGAGGGAUUUCGGAAGCUGGAGCCCCUCUGGGCUAUCCCGUUGGUAUGAGUCAGGAGGUUGGGGAUGCUGGAGCUGGGCUGGGGGUGUCUCUCGGCGGGUUCUCCCCUCCCUGGGCAGCAGGAGGAGGCUGCGCGAGCCUCUCACCCUGCCCUGUCCCCUCCAGGUGGGUUUUGUCAACAGCCUCAAGUUCUCGGCAGCCGGUGACUUCCUGGUGGCCGGCCUCGGGCAGGAGCACCGGUACCGUCCCCCUUCCCCAGCGCUGGCUGGGGGCACAGCCUCCACUGCCUCGAGGGCUCGGUGGAGGGUGACCCCCAUCUCUCUCAUCUGCAGGCUUGGCCGGUGGUGGAGAAUCAAAGAAGCCAAAAACAGCAUCUGCAUCAUCCCCCUGAAGCGGAGGGCUACAGCCCCCAGCUCCCAUGUCCCUGACAGCUCCUAGCCCGCUGGCCCCGGAGCCGCUGCACCUGGGUCAUGAAACCCUGGUCCCUGGUGCUGCGCCCCAUGUCCUUCGUGCAACCACCCUCCUGGGGCCGGCAGCGCCGGAGCGGGGGAUGGCGCGUGGCCCCCUGACCCUGCUGGCACCCAGAUCAUGCUGCGGCUCUGCCCUCUGUGAGGGUCUGCCCUCUUCCCUCAGCUUUGGCCAGACCUGAGCUCUGGAGGACUCUGUUUUAAAAUAAAUAAAUAAA